AUGACACCCUGUUCGACGGACGUACCCGUCGCAGCACUCGCGGCGGUACUGAUUGCCCCCUUAUCAAUUCCCGCUUCCUUCUUCAAUUCGGGAGACAACGUAACGACAUCCGUCGAUGGUUUUGCGUCUGUUUCCUUGCCGGCAACAACCGAGUCGCCCAGAGUUCCAUCACGUUCAGACGUAUCGCUGUCCUUGUUAACGUAUUUAAAAUCACCCGUCGACGUUUUCGACGCUCCUGCGCCGGUCUUGGUCUCCCCUCCUGCCGACGCUGCCGAGAUCAACAGAGCUGCACACAGCACUAACGGAGAGAGAACCAGCGACUUUCGGAUUUGA